GACCCCAUCCCACCACUCUUUGCGAAAACGCACAUGGGCAAGAUGGCCGCCUCCAUGAAAAAAAGGAAACUCUCAGACCUGAGUGUAGAUGACUUCAUGGCCCAUGGCUUUGAUGAUGAGGACUCCGACUCAGAAGAAGAGGUUGGCUCCAAAGAAGAGGGAACAAAAAAGGGCAAGAAGAAGCAGAAAAAGGCUGAACGGACCCAGGUCGUGAAAAAAGUGGACAAAAAGCCAACCCCAAAGGCUGGUGCACCUGAUGUGAAGAAGAAAGGUAAAGAGACGCCCAAGCACAAAUUGCAAAUGUCCAGGCUACAAGAAGUGGACCCAGAAUUCUACCAGUUUCUACAGAAGGAGGACAAGGACUUACUGGAGUUCAAUGAAUCUGAUGAUUCAGCAGAAAUUGAUGAUGACGAUGAUGAUGAUGUUGAUGAUGAUGAAGAUGAUGAAGAGAUUGCAGAUGACAGUGAGGAAGACAGCCUUGAUGAAGACGAGAGUGAAAGUGAAGAUGCUGAUGAGGAUGAGGAAGAAAUAGAUCUGGAGGAGUCAGACUCAGAUGAAGAAGAACUACAUAAACCAGAAGGGAAGCUUGAGGUGAUGAGUGAUGAAGAUGAGGAGGAGGAUCAAACCAGGAGACACAAGGGAAAACUGGUCACCAUGGCCAUGGUGAAAAAGUGGAGAGAAGCUCUACAGGCCCAGGCCUCCCUACCCGUCCUCCAUGAGGUGAUCAGGGCGUUUAAAGCAGCCGUACAGCAGACCAGCAGUGAGGAAGGAGAGGAAGAUACCAAGUACAGGGUGGAGGGGAGUCAGGUGUUCAAUGCUGUGGUAGGUGUCUGUAUAAAAGAUGUGGCCCCAGCAUUGCUUCAUCUUUUUGGAGUGAAAGCCUGGUCCAAAGGAAAGAAGACAGUGAUGCCUUCCUCUCACAAGAAGUGGAACAAAAUGAAGCUGGACAUAAAGACGUAUCUGUCUGAUGUCAUCCAGCUGAGCCAGGUGCUAUCAGAGGCCAGUGUUGUCAGCACCCUCCUGAGACAUGUGUUACAGCUGGUACACUACUACAUCUGCUUCCCCAAACUCUGCAGGGUCCUGCUCAAGCGCCUGAUCAGUCUGUGGAGUGAGGGUGAGGAGAGUGUACAAGUCAUCGCCUUCUUCUGUGUGUACAGGAUCACCAAACUCACUCAGGCCAAGUUUCUGGAGUGGAUCCUCAAGCAAAUGUACCUGGCGUAUGUGAAGAACACCAAGUUCACCUCUCCCAACAGUCUGCCGGGUAUUAACUUCAUGCAGAGGUCACUCACGGAGCUGUUUGCCCUUGACCUUCACACCACGUACCAACAUGGCUUCAUCUACAUCCGCCAGCUGGCCAUCCACCUCAGGAAUGCCAUCAUGAUGAAGAAAAAGGAGAACUACCAGUCUGUGUACAACUGGCAGUACGUCCACUGUCUGUACCUGUGGUGCCGAGUCCUCAGCACACUUCACCCCUCAGACAUCCUACAGCCUCUCAUCUACCCACUGGUACAAGUCAUCAUAGGAACCAUCAAACUUGUCCCUACAGCAAGGUACUACCCACUGAGGUUCCACUGUGUACGAGCCCUGACACUCCUGUCUGACAGUACCAACACCUUCAUCCCUGUUCUACCAUUCAUACAGCAGGUGUUUGAGCAAACAGACUUCAACAAGAAGCACAGCAAGACCAGUGUGAAGCCCCUGAACUUUGCAGUCAUGCUGAAACUGUCUAAAGCACAGCUGCAGGAACAAGCCUUCAGGGACGGUGUGAUAGACCAGCUGUAUGAGCUGCUGCUGACUUACUUCAACACCCAGGCUCACACCGUGGGCUUUCCUGAACUGGUACUCACAUCUAUACUACAGAUGAAAGACUUCAUGAAGAAGUGUAAAGUGGCCAACUACACCCGACAGAUCAGACAGAUCCUGGAUAAGGUGCAGGAGACGUGCAAGUUCAUCACAGACCGCCGAGCUUCUGUCAACUUCAGCCUCACAGACAAACAGGCCAUUGAAAACUGGGAGCGUCAGACCAAGCAGCAGGGCACACCACUGGGCAAGUUCCACGACAACUGGAGGAAACUCAGGGACAGGGAACUCAUGCAUGAGAUCGCUGGGAAGGAGAGGAUCUCAGACACAGAUCUCCCGACCAUCAAGCGCCGUCCCGUGGCUACUGACGAGGACAGACAGGAGUUCAAGGGUCUGUUUGAGUCGGACAGCGAGUCAGACCAGGAACAGCUAACCAUGCUGGAGAAAAAACCAGCCGGUAGCCAGGGUGAUGACACUGAUGAUUCUGAUGAUGAUAGUGAAGACAAUGAUGAUAUUGAAGACAUUGAUGAUGAUAGUGAUGACAUUGAUGAGGAAGAUGAUUCAGAGGUAGAAAUAGAAGAAUCACCAGUAAUUCAAGGGAAAAGAGCCAAAGUUGUAGAAGAGAAGAAAGGGAAGAAGGAUGACAGGAAGGCAGUGAGCGAUGUUGUGAAAAAGAGGAGCCAAAAGUACCAGGAGCCUUCAUCAGAUGAGGAGGAGGGAGAGGACAUAGUGGAAGACUUUGAAUUUUCUUCUGAUGAAGAUUGA